CUACCCAGUCUCGAGCCCGGGAUGCCGCGGGGGCGAAGCAGGCUCGGCCCACGCGGAGGGGCCCGCGGGCAGCCGGUGCUAAGCAAGUUCUUCCAGGUGGCGGGAUCCCUCCGGGCAACCGCUUCCUCCUCGGCUGCUGCUGCUGCUGCUGCCGCCGCCGCCUCUGACGAGGAGAGAAGCGAGGAUGCUCCGCACACGACUCAUGAACCUGAUGGGAAAAAGAGAAGAGUUGUAAAAAACCAAGAACAUGUGGACAAACGUUCAGAACUUCUGCAGAGUAGAAGAAAAGAAGAGGUCAAUAGAGUGAGUACUCUGAACACUGGAGAGCCAAACAAAUCUACCAGUUCCCAAAUAUGUUCAGAAACCUUAGACAAACUGCGAAAGUUCUCUUUCAAUUUGGAGCGUCCAAGAAAAAGAAUUUAUUCAGAGACUCUUCACGGAAGUCACUCUGUGGAUUUAAGCAAGUACCAGCAUUCUGUGGUUGGAAGCAAUGGUAUAAGUGGCUCUCAACAUUCUCAAGACAUUAACAAGGAAGAAAUGUGUCUAGAUAAAAGCCAAUUUUCUGCCUCUGAUAUGAGUUUGGAAAACACUCAAUAUGCAACUGAUACUACUCUUAAAAAAAGAAGCAAAAGUGUGUACACACCCCUUGAGCUCCAGUUCCUAGAAAUUAAAAAUCAGUAUAAGGAUGCUAUUUUGUGUGUUGAGUGUGGUUACAAGUACAGAUUUUUCGGAGACGAUGCAGAGAUUGCUGCUAAGGAGCUGAACAUCUUUUGCCAUAAAAAUCACAACCUUAUGACUGCCAGCAUACCAACUCACAGAUUAUUUGUUCAUGUUCGGCGUCUCGUAGCAAAGGGUUAUAAGGUAGGAGUUAUAAAACAAAUGGAAACAGCUGCUUUGAAGGCUGUUGGAGAAAACAGAAGCUCUCUCUUUAGCAGACAACUAACUGCACUGUAUACAAAAUCUACAGUUCUUGGAGAAGAUGUGAAUCCUCUGCUGAUGUUCGACAAUGCUAUGGAAGCUGAAGAAAUAUCAUCUGAUGUCUGUGAUAAUUAUCUCUUGUGUGUGUGUGAAAGCAAAGACGGUUUAAGAAAUAAGAACCAGGAAAGUGUUGUCAUAGGCAUAGUGGCUGCUCAGCCUACUACAGGAGAAGUUAUUUAUGACAGUUUUCAAGAUUCUGUAGGCCGCAUAGAGUUGGAAAGUCUAAUUUUACGCCUGCAGCCUGUUGAGAUUAUUCUUCCUGCAGAUGUGUCAGAUCAAACUGAAAAACUUAUCAAUACUGUGACUUCUGCAAGCUUACAGGAUGACAGAAUUCGGGUAGAGAGGAUGGAAAACAAGCAUUUUGAGUACAGCAAUGCUUUCCAAUUGAUUACAGACUUCUAUGGAGAUCGAGUACUUGAUAGUAAAGGUUCCCAAGCAUUGUCAGUGGUUUUAAACUUGGAUAAGUCAGUGCUAUGCUCCCUGGCUGCUGUAAUCAUGUAUCUUAAAGAAUUUAAUUUAGAAAAGAUACUCUACAACCCAAGUAAUUUUAAGAAGUUAUCAAGUGAAGCUGAAUAUAUGAUACUUAAUGGGUCUACAGUAAAUAAUCUUGAAAUCUUACAGAAUCAGACUGAUAAGAAAAGAAAAGGCAGCCUGUUUUGGGUCUUGGAUCAUACGAAAACUUCAUUUGGGCAACGAAGACUAAAGAAAUGGGUGACACAGCCUCUUUUGAAAUCCAGUGAAAUUAAUUCUCGACUUGAUGCGGUGUCUGAGGUUCUCCUAUCAGAAUCAAGUUUCUUUGGCCAAAUAAAGCACCUUCUAUAUAAGAUGCCAGAUGUUGAACGAGGACUCUGUAGUAUUUAUCACAAAAAGUGUUCCAUUCAAGAGUUCUAUCUGGUAGUCAGCACACUCUCUCAGUUGGAAACAGCAAUCACAGCACUGGUUCCAGCUAUACGUACUCAGGUUCAAACACCUUUAUUACAGAAGAGUCUUUUGGAAAUUCCAGAAUUGCUUUGUUCAACAAAGAAGUAUAUAAGCAUGCUUAAUGAAGCAGCAGCAAAAAGUGGAGACAAAACCCAACUGUUCAAGGAUCUUGAAGAAUUUCCCUUAAUAAAAAAGAGGAAGGAUGAGAUUCAGGAAGUGCACUAUCAGAUCCAGUUACACCUUCAGGAUAUACGAAGAAUGCUAAAUUGUCCCUCUAAGGAUUAUGUAACAGUGUCAGGACAAGCAUUUCAGAUUGAAGUCAAGAAUUCACUUUUAUCUUCUGUACCAUAUGAUUGGAUUAAAGUUAGCAGCACAAAAGCAGUCAGCCGCUUCCAUACUCCUUUUAUUGUAGAAAAUUACAGACAUUUGAAUCAGCUACGUGAGCAGCUAGUCCUUGACUGCAGUGCUGAAUGGCAACGCUUUUUAGAUGAUUUUAACGACCAUUACAACACAAUAUCUAAAGCUGUGGGUCACCUAGCAACUGUGGAUUGUAUCUUUUCCCUGGCUGAGGUUGCCAAACAAGGAGACUACUGCAGACCUGUCAUAAAAGAUGGAAGGUCAGAGAUAAUGAUAAAAAAUGGGAAGCACCCUGUGAUUGAUGUGUUAUUGGGAGAGCGAGAGCAGUAUGUUCCAAAUGAUACACAUUUAUCAGAAGACGGUCAAAGGGUAAUGAUAAUUACCGGCCCUAACAUGGGUGGAAAGAGCUCUUAUAUAAAGCAGGUUGCAUUAAUCACAGUCAUGGCACAAAUUGGUUCCUAUGUACCAGCUGAGGAAGCAAGAAUUGGUAUUGUGACUGGUAUAUUUACCAGAAUGGGUGCCACAGACAACAUAUUCAAAGGUCAAAGCACAUUUAUGGAAGAACUGACAGAAACAGCUGAUAUCAUUACUAAAGCAACUUCCAAUUCACUAGUAAUUUUGGAUGAACUGGGGAGAGGAACUAGCACACACGAUGGAAUUGCAAUUGCUUAUGCUACCCUGGAAUACUUUAUUAGAGAUGUUGGUUCAUUGACACUGUUUGUCACCCAUUAUCCUCCAGUGUGUGAAUUAGAAAGGGCCUACAUGAGACAAGUUGGGAAUUACCAUAUGGCUUUUCUGGUGAAUGAAGAUGAUCGUGAACAAGAAAGGGGAUCUGAAGGUGAAGAAAAUCCUGAAUUUGUCACUUUCCUUUAUCAAAUAACAAGGGAAGUUGCCACAAAGAGUUAUGGGCUAAACGUUGCUAAACUGGCAGAUGUUCCUGAUGAAAUUCUUAAAAAGGCAGCUCGCAAAUCAAAAGAACUAGAGAGAUUAGAGAAUAUGAAAAGAAAAAGACUGAUGACCUUUGUUAAAAUAUGGAAUACUAAUGAUUCUGGAGAACUGCAAAGAUGGAAAAGUAUGUGCGAAACAGAUAAUGAUUUCAGCCAACUUUAAAGAUUCCUUAAAACCUGCCAACAGAAAAUGGAAAUAGCAUAGAAGAUUUAAAUUAUUAUACAAAGUUAUAUAUUCAUGCAGUGAAAUUUCAAAUCAUAGGUGUGUAUACUAGUGAAUGGGUGGUUCCCAUGGUCAUUUUUGUCAUUUCAUUCAUGCAGACUGUCUCCAGUGAUGUAGUUAUGUGAAGUAGCAUACUAUGUGCCAGAUAAGUAGAAGACAUCAGGAGAUGCAUGAUUACAACUGUGGUGGUGGUGGUAGCAACUACAGGGCUCAAGAAAGUUGAGUCUUCACCACAUUCCCAAAUUACUCCCCUAAAGAUAGCAUUUGCCCAUUGCAGAGAAACAGGUAACCACAUAGUUCCUGUAUGUUUCUUUCCCAUAGGAUAAAAAAGUCUGGCAGGUAUCUGCUUUUGGAAAACACACCUGAGUGGGUGGGUAUUAAGCAUCAUUCUCCCAAUGCUGUGGCCAGAUUCAGUUUGGAAGGUGCCUGUAGUUGCUUUUCACUUUAAAAUGAAAUAACAAAAAAGCAUGGGACAUCACUUCAUGGGUCUCCUACCACAUUGCCUAGAGAUGUAAACUAGCAAAGCUACUGCAACCGUGAAAAUUGCCACAGAAUGAACCAUUUACAUGGUGCCUUCUUGACAUGAUCAUGGGCACAUAACACGGGCAAAAUCAUGUAAAGAAAAAUCUAGCAGAAACAGGCCCAUGUGAAAUGGUUCAUUGAUUUAAAUGCAGUUGACAUUUUGUAAGCUCCAAUUGUUUUUUCAAACUGCUGUCUGGUGGGUUUUUUCACUGAAGAUCAAGUCUUUUGUUACAUUUGCCCAUAUUAUGUUUCCCAAACUUUAUCAACAUCAUCUCCAAACUGUAUUUUAUUUAAAAUAAUGAAAAAUGCUUUUUAUAGUUUGAGAAUGUUAACUAAUUUCAGAUGGAAAACGUGAAAAUCAUGUUUAUAAAUUACAGGAAAACACAUUGUAUUAAAUAAAAUGAUGGUUUUAAAAGGAUACACUGAUUUCUAUUAAUGUUACAAUGACUGAACAGUAUGAUUUAACAGAUGUAGAAUAAUUUUGUUUACUAUCAAUUCAGUAAUACAGAAUAUUAUUUCAUGAUGCUUAAA